AUGGCUACAGCAGACCAAACGGCCGCCACCAAGGCUGUUCCCAAGCUGGAAAACACCGAGAAGCGUGACACCUUGAUCGCCGACGAGCUGAGGUUUCAGGCAGAAUGGGAAGCCAAGAAGCUCUUCGAGACAAAUGCUCCGGCUGCCGGUGAACCGAAGCCUCCCAAGUACUUUGCGACGAUGGCCUAUCCAUGGCUAACAUGCCUUGUUAUCCUAGACAUGAAUGGAACGCUUCAUGCCGGUCACGCGUUUACCCUCUCAAAGCUAGAGUUUAUGGUUGGAUGGGCUAGGAUGCAAGGCCAGAAAGUUCUCUUUCCCCAAGGAUACCAUUGUGGUAUGUAUCCAAAACCUACUGUGCCGACCGGUAUGCCCAUCAAGGCUGCUGCAGACAAACUGAAACGUGAGGUUGAGAUGUUCGGCCAGAACUUCGAAAACGUCCCCUCUGCCGAGUUAGAGCAAUUGUCUCUCGCUGCCGCGGAUCCUAGCGAAGUAACAAAGACCGACAUCAGCAAAUUUAGUGGCAGUAAGAGUAAGGCCGCGGCCAAGACUGGAAAGGCCAAAUAUCAGUUUGAGAUCAUGCUGUCUCUGGGUUUUCCUGUGACCGAAAUUCAUAAGUUCGCGGACGCUGGUUAUUGGUUGCAUGUUUUUCCUCAGCUUUGCGAAUCAGAUCUCAGACGAUUUGGUGCCCGCGUAGACUGGCGCAGAUCAUUUGUGACGACAGACGCGAACCCUUUCUACGACUCGUUUAUACGAUGGCAAAUGAACAAGCUAAAGGCGCUUAACAAGAUCAAAUUUGGGAAACGCUUCACCGUAUAUUCACCCAAGGAUGGUCAAGCAUGUCUUGAUCACGAUCGGAGUGCUGGCGAGGGAAUAACCGUCCAAGAAUACGUUGCAUUAAAACUCAGGACCCUCGAUUGGUGUGAUAAGGCUAAGGAGAUUAUUGGCGACAAGAUCCCUUCGGAUGCAGACGUGUACUUCAUUCCCGCUACUCUCCGCCCCGAGACCAUGUACGGACAGACAUGUUGCUUCGUCGGGCCGACUGUUGACUACGGUAUCUUUCGGAUAUCCAAAGAAGGACAUAAGGAUGAGUACUUCUUCUGCAGUGAGCGCUCCGCUCGAAACAUGGCAUUCCAGGGGAUCUCUUCACCGUGGGGUGAGUAUCAUCAGGUGGUAGGCCUUAAAGGUUCAGAUGUCAUAGGCACUCUGGUACACGCGCCCUUAUCGGUUCAUGAGAAAGUCAGAAUACUGCCAAUGGCCACUGUCAAACCAACUAAGGGAACCGGAGUCGUCACUUGCGUUCCUUCUGACAGCCCUGAUGAUUAUGCCACCACUCUAGAGCUCAAGAAAAAGCCCGAGUUCUACGGGAUCCAGAAAGAAUGGUUACCAGAGGACAUUCUACCCAUCAUUAAAACACCAUCUUCAGAUUUGAUAGCGAAGCAUCUGUACGAGACUAUGAAGAUCAAUUCACCAAAAGACCAGAAGCUGGCUGAGGCAAAAGAUAUCGCCUAUAAAGAGGGAUUCUAUUCCGGCGUCAUGGUAUUCGGUGAGUUUGCUGGCAAGACCGUUAUAGAGGCCAAGCCAUUGGUGAAGGCACAGUUGCUGGAGUCUGGACUGGCCUUCAACUACGGUGAGCCAGAUGGACUCGUCAUCAGUAGAUCCGGCGAUGAAUGCGUCGCGGCAUACCUAGACCAAUGGUUCUGGACUUAUGGCACUGCUGAAAAUGGAGGUGAUCAACAGUGGUUUGAGGAUGCUUUCAACUGCAUUGAAUCAGACUAUACUCGAACUUUCUCCGAAGAAGGCAAAAACUUUAUGAAACGCGCAUUGCUCUGGUUGGCACAGUGGGCUUGUACCCGGUCUUAUGGAUUGGGCACUAAGCUACCCUGGGAUGACACUCAGCUUGUAGAGUCGUUGUCAGACUCAACGAUAUAUAUGGCCUAUUACACCGUAUGCCAUUUCUUGCACAGCGAUAUCUACGGCAAAGUUCCCGGUUUAUCAUCCAAGCCUAUCUCUCCCUCCCAGAUGACCGAGGGUGUCUGGAACUAUAUCUUCGCCACCGCCGACGACGUGGAUAGUGACAUACCUCGUUCUGACCUUGACGCCAUGAGAAAUGAAUUCACAUAUUUCUAUCCUUUGGAUGUCAGAAUCUCUGGAAAGGACUUGAUAACCAAUCACUUGUUGUUCUUCCUCUACCAUCAUGUCGCUAUUUUCGACAAGCCGUUUUGGCCAAAAGGAAUAAGGGCAAAUGGUCAUUUGAUGCUCAAUGGAGAGAAAAUGUCAAAAAGUACAGGAAACUUCCUAACUUUAAGAGACGCUAUGGAAAAAUACGGCUCGGACGCUACAAGAAUAUCUCUAGCGGACGGUGGUGAUGGAAUUGAGGACGCCAACCUCGAAGAAGCCGUUUGCAACGCUACGAUUCUAAGAAUUUACGAGCUUCGGAAAUGGUUACAAGAGGUCAACAGCGAUACUGGACUAAGAACUGGGAAGUAUGAAAUAUGGGAACAGCUGUUCGACAAUGAACUUAACAUUCUCGUUUCACAAACUCGGUCACAUUAUGAGGCUACCUCAUUCAAGCUUGCCCUCAAGUCGGGCUUUUAUGAUUUCAUCGCAGCUCGAGACUGGUACCGUGACAUCACUAAGGCUGUGGGAAUCUCUAUGCACCAUGAUAUCGUGAGGCGAUACACCGAGCUUCAAGCUCUACUUCUUGCUCCAAUGCAAUUUAUCUGGAGAGAUGUGCUUAAGCACGAAUCUAGUAUUCACAACGCAUUGUUCCCUGAAGUGCCACCAGCUGAUGCUUCACUGUCGGCAAUAUUCAGCUAUGUGCGAAGCGUCACAUCAAAUAUUACAGCUGCUGAGGGUCUUCAAAUGAAAAAGCUUUCCAAAGGCAAAACCACAAGCUAUGAUCCGAAGGAGCCCAAGCGACUGAUAAUCUCCGUCGCCAAAUCUUAUCCUGAAUGGCAAGAAAAGACUAUUGACCUGUUGGCUAAGCAGUACGAAAGCACUGGGGCUGUCGACGUCAAGGAACUGACAAAACAGAUUGACAAGAAGGACAUGAAGAAGGUGAUGCCAUUCGUCCAGGCCCUCAAGAAGCGUAUAGAUUCGGGUGAGAAGGCGGAAGAUGUUUUCUCGCGUCGUUUGCCUUUUGAUGAAGCAGAGACACUACAAGCUAUGGUUCCGAGCUUGAUGCAAACGAUCCCAAAGCUCGAGGCUGUGGAAAUCGCGAUGGUCGAAGGUGAAAGUGAAGGGAAGGCGGCAACACCUGGGACUCCUGUCUUCACCUUUGAGAACAUUAAAUAG